AUGACCGGAAGCCCAUCACCGUCUUCCUCGACGCCUAGAGAUCCAGCGGUUGCGUCGCGUGUGGGCAAACGAACAAUUGAACAAGUGCACGAUGGUCUUCGCACCAGCAGCUUGGAGGAUCUCGUGGCCAGGAAGGACGAUCAUGUCUCUCUUGCAACCAUUCGCGACGUAUUAAUGGAUCAUUUGCUUGGCAGUGUGCCCACAAAUAUCAAGCAUACAGUGCUGUUUGUGUGCGAGAAAGUGCCAGAUUUGCGGCCGCAAGAGGUGACGCCCCAAGCCGUAUCAUCAAAAGUAAAAGAAGAUGCUGUGCUAGCGAGCGUUGAUUUGAUGGAAGGUCUAGAAGGAGACUACCAAUGUCGCUGUCGACUAUCUGAAGGCGACAGUAUUCCACGAUGCGAUGUUACAUUACUUAGGUCUCCUGUGUCAAAACAUGACAUUGAGAAAGAGAAGCAUGCGGCCAAGAAGGCUGUCAAGAAGAAAAUCAAGAAAUUCAAAAAGAGCUCGGGUGUACUUACCGAGAGCGCCAAGCCGAGUGCGGAGUUUUACGUGCUGUCACCAGAUGAGCUGAAAGUGCAUUUGCCGUCGGUCCCGUUUGAAGACGCUAGCGCUGCGGCUGAAUUUGUUUCGACUAAGGCGCUGCUGGAUGACGACAUGCGGUCGGCUGAACAACUCUUUCUUGCUCUUGACUGCGAAAUGUGCCGUACGACAAAAGGCGUCGAGCUCACGCGCGUCACGCUGGUAGACGCAUGCGAAAAGGUUUUGCUGGAUGAGUACGUGCGACCUAAGAAUCCCAUUGUUGACUACUGCACGCAGUACUCUGGCAUCACUCGCGAAAUUAUGGAGGCUACAGACAUCCGACUUGAAGAUGUUCAGGAGAAGUUUUUGGCGCUUGUUCCUGCAGAGGCCAUCUUAGUGGGCCACUCGAUUGAGAAUGACUUGCUGGCGCUGAGGGUGCUGCACCGACGUGUUAUCGACACCGCGUGCAUGUAUCCGCACCCGAAAGGACCCCCGUUCCGUUCCGCAUUGCGGUUUUUAACGAGUCGAUUUCUCAGUCGUGCUAUUCAGACAAACACAGACGGUCAUUGUAGUGUGGAGGACGCAGUAGCCACGCUGCAGCUAGCACAGCUCAAGAUCAAGCGCGGACCGACGUUUCCUUGUAUCGAGUACGAAUACAAACAAAAGAAGGUGGUAGUGGAGAUGGCCCAGGCUAAAAAGUCGGUACUCAUUGUGGACUCGCAGCGGUCUUGUAGAUCGCUAAGUGGCGGUGUGGCCUGCAUGAUACCACGUGAAGAUCCCCGUGACGUUGUGCAAACCGUUGUACAUCAACUGACAACGGGGUUUCCUCCGCAUCUUACGUGGGCACGCGUUCGAGGAGCCAAGCGCUCGGAGGUCUUGGCGUACGUAGUGCAGAUCAAGGCUAAUUUGCCUAAGCACUCGUGCCUUGUAACGGUGUUAAGCGGAGAUACCAGCGACCUUCGCGCGCUUCACAAAUGUCGAACAGCCCGGAUUGAUCCUAGAAGCUCGCUAAUGUGGGAUAAGGAGCAGCAAGAUCGUUUAGACACGACGGCGUUGGCAACACAGACAGGACUUGUACAUAUUUACGUGCAGUAA